AUGGACCCGACUAGAACGUCCUCGCUGUCUUUCACCGCUCAGCUGCUCCUCCUCUUCAUCAUCCUCACCUCCGAAAACCUGUCUGCUGCCGCGGGAGGCUCCACUCUGAACAGUGGCUCAAAUGGCACGCUGAGCAACCACACCAAGUGUGGGGGAAGCUCUGACUGUAUAGAGGGCGUCAUCCUGCCCAUAUGGAAACCGGUGAACCCCACCUUCGUGGACCGCUUGGCCAGAGCAACUAUUUACUUUGUUGGACUGGCCUACAUGUUCCUGGGUGUCUCGAUCAUCGCUGACCGUUUCAUGGCCUCCAUCGAGGUCAUCACCUCCCAGGAAAGACAAAUCACAAUCAAGAAGCCCAAUGGUGAGAAGAUCACCACGACUGUGCGUGUCUGGAAUGAGACAGUGUCUAACCUGACUCUCAUGGCGCUGGGUUCCUCUGCUCCAGAAAUCCUCCUGUCUGUGGUGGAGGUGUGCGGUCAUCAAUUUAAUGCUGGAGAACUCGGCCCCAACACCAUCGUGGGGAGCGCUGCCUUCAACAUGUUCGUCAUCAUCGGCCUGUGCGUGUCGGUCAUCCCAGACGGCGAGCACAGGAAGGUCAAGCACCUGAGGGUGUUUUUCGUCACCGCCACCUGGAGUAUCUUCGCUUACACAUGGCUGUACCUGAUCCUAGCUGUCUUCUCCCCAGGCAUCGUGGAAGUUUGGGAGGGGCUCCUAACUCUCUUAUUCUUCCCGUUGUGUGUGGGAUUCGCCUAUGUGGCAGACCGCAGGCUCCUUUUCUACAAGUACAUGCACAAGCGCUACCGAGCUGGCAAGCGGAAGGGAAUUAUCAUUGAGACGGAGGGAGAGCUGCAGCUUCCUUCCAAAGUUGACAUCGAAAUGGACGGCAGGGCGCUGAACUUCCAUGGUGAGGAUCUUGUAGACAGAGACAUGGGCUUGGAGGAGAAGGAGCUGGAGGAGGAACAAAGCAGGAGGGAGAUGGCCCGAAUCUUGAAGGAGCUGAAGCAAAAACAUCCAGAGAAGGAGAUGGAGCAGCUGAUCGAGAUUGCCAAUUACCAAGUUCUGACCCAGCAGCAGAAGAGCCGGGCUUUCUACCGGUGUCAGGCAACCCGGAUAAUGACUGGAGCAGGGAACGUCUUGAAGAAGCACGCGGCUGACCAAGCCAAGAGAGCCUUCCAGCACGACGUUUGCUCUGAAGUCUCGGAGAAGAAUUUCUCUUCCAAGAUCUUCUUUGAUCCGGCUACUUACCAGUGCCUGGAGAACUGUGGGUCAGUGGUGCUAAACGUGGUGCGGCGCGGCGGGGAUUUAACAAGCACUGUCUCUGUGGAAUACCGGACAGAAGACGGCACGGCCAACGCUGGGUCUGAUUACCAGUUUACUGAAGGCACCGUUGUGUUUAAACCCGGCGAGACAGAGAAGGAGAUCAAGAUCGACAUCAUUGAUGAUGACAUCUUCGAGGAGGAUGAACACUUCCUAGUUCACCUCAGCAAGGUGAGGGUUAUCUCUGAAAGCACCAGCACCCAGAAUAAUGAGGCCAACCACCUGGACACUAUAGCCGGUCUCGGCCUGCCCUGCACAGCUGUGGUCACCAUCUUUGAUGAUGAUCAUGCCGGGAUCUUUACAUUUGAGGAGCCUGUAAUGACCGUGAGCGAGAAUGUCGGUGUGAUGGAGGUGAAGGUUAUCCGAACCUCUGGGGCUCGAGGCAUGGUGGUCGUGCCGUACAAGACUAUCGAGGGGACAGCCAAAGGAGGGGGUGAAGACUUUGAGGACACUCACGGAGUCCUUGAGUUUGACAACGAUGAGAUCUUCAAAACUAUUCAGAUCAAUGUAAUCGAUGAUGAAGAAUAUGAGAAAAACAAGAACUUCUUCCUCGAGAUGGGGGAGCCACGCCUGCUGGAGAUGAGUCACAGGAAAGCCGUUUUGCUGCAGGAAGCCGGUGGAUUCAUCAAAACAGGCAGGGAUGUCUACAGGAAGGUACAGGGUCGUGACCUCUCCAGUCCCUCCGCUGUACUCAACCUCACAGAGGAGGAAAGAGAGGAGACCCUGACCAAAAAGGAGGAAGAGGAGAGGAGGAUUGCAGAGAUGGGUAGACCCACACUGGGGGAGCACGUUAACCUGGAGGUGAUCGUAGAGGAGUCAUAUGAGUUCAAGAGCACGGUGGACAAACUCAUUAAGAAGGCCAACCUGGCUCUGCUCAUAGGAACCAACAGCUGGAGGGAGCAAUUUGUGGAAGCCAUCACAGUCUCCUCUGGUGAUGAUGACGACGAUGACUGCGGCGAAGAGAAACUCCCGUCUUGUUUCGACUACGUCAUGCACUUCCUUACUGUCUUCUGGAAGGUUCUGUUCGCCUUGGUUCCUCCGACGGAUUACUGGAACGGCUGGGCAUGUUUCGUGGUAUCCAUCUCGGUGAUCGGCCUCCUGACGGCAGUGAUUGGAGACCUGGCAUCUCACUUCGGCUGCACUGUUGGACUCAAAGACUCGGUCACCGCCGUGGUGUUUGUCGCCCUCGGAACGUCGGUACCAGACACAUUUGCCAGUAAGGUAGCAGCAAUCCAGGACCAGUAUGCUGACGCAUCCAUCGGCAACGUAACAGGAAGUAAUGCCGUGAAUGUCUUCCUGGGGAUUGGCGUGGCAUGGUCCAUAGCCGCCAUCUACCACCAAUCCCAGGGUCGCUUGUUCCGGGUUGAUCCGGGCACACUGGCCUUCUCCGUAACACUCUUCACCGUCUUCGCCUUCAUCUGCGUGGCUGUGCUGAUGUACCGGCGUCGACCUGAGAUCGGGGGCGAGCUAGGUGGGCCAAGAACACCAAAGGUCCUGACCAGCUGCCUGUUCUUCAGCCUAUGGCUUAUGUACAUAGUUUUUUCCUCUCUGGAGGCCUACUGUCACGUACCGGGAUUCUAA